AUGGCAGAAACAAUCGUUCUCAUUACCGAAAUUGAAACAGAGAUGUUUGAAAGGAGUCUUAAUUGCAAGACUAAAUAUAUUUCAAAUUCAAAGAAAAUUAACCAAAACCCAUCAACUAAACUUUCUGGACCUCGGUUGUUUGGAUUUGAUAUUGAGCCAUUAUACUAUGCUCGUUCACAAAUUGGUUUUCAACCUAUUACUGCUGGUACAAAUGAUAAGCGAAAAAGACCCCUUGAGGAAAUCACUUCUCAAUCACAGCAAAAUAAAAGAUUUAAGAGUUUUGGAGAAGAUGUGCAUAAAGCAGUUGAUGAAUUGAUCAUUAAGCACAAGUUGACAAAUGUAUCUGGAGAAUCAAUUAUACAUUUACAGCAAAUUGGAUUUGAUUACAAAGAGAAUCAAGUUUGUAUUAAAUUCAAAGAUCCAGAUCCUAUGGCAAUUCAAACAAGACUUGAUGCCAUUGUACGUGUGUGUGAUGAAGCACUUUUAAGCCGUGAUGGAUAUCGACAUUUAGCAGCAACUGUACUAUCACUUUUCCGUGAAUAUUUAGUUGCUGAUCGCCGAAAUAAGAUAAAUUAA